AUGUUGACUCACGCUAUUUCUAAACCCAUCAUUAUACUAACCAUUCUAUUAGUUCUACAAGCUUUCUCUUCUACAACAAAGGCUCAAAACUGUGGUUGUUCGUCAGACCUAUGCUGUAGCCAGUUCGGUUUCUGCGGUAACACUUCAGACUAUUGUGGUGUAGGCUGUCAACAAGGACCUUGUUUUGCCCCUCCACCUGCGAACGGUGUCUCGGUUGAUGAGAUUGUCACACAAGAAUUCUUCAAUGGAAUCAUCGACCAAGCUGAGUCUAGUUGCGCUGGCAAAGGAUUUUACAGCCGAGGAGCUUUUCUUGAGGCCUUAGAGUUAUAUUCUCGUUUCGGUAGGAUUGGUUCGGUCGAUGAUUCUAGACGUGAGAUCGCAGCCUUCUUUGCCCAUGUCACACAUGAAACUGGACAUUUUUGCUACAUCGAAGAAAUAAACGGACCCUCAAAGGAUUAUUGCGACGAGAACGCAACGCAGUAUCCAUGUAAUCCCAACAAAGGCUAUUAUGGGCGAGGACCGAUCCAACUCUCUUGGAACUUCAACUACGGGCCAGCGGGAACCGCGAUUGGUUUCGACGGUCUUAACGUACCAGAAACAGUAGCCACGGAUCCGGUCAUAUCCUUCAAGACCGCCUUAUGGUACUGGACCAACAGAGUUCAGCCUGUUAUCUCACAAGGCUUUGGUGCAACGAUCCGCGCCAUCAACGGCGCUUUGGAAUGCGAUGGAGCCAACUCAGCCACGGUUCAAGCUAGAGUUCGCUACUACACCGAUUAUUGUCGUCAGUUGGGUGUUGACCCCGGAAACAACCUCACUUGCUAA